AUGGCACCUCGUGCCCACAACCGCUUGUCCGCCAUUGCCUCGCACCUGCAGCCCGGCGACGAGGCCGAGUUUGACUAUGUGAUCGUGGGCGGCGGCACGGCUGGCUGUGUGCUCGCGAACCGCCUGACGGAGGACGCAGGCGUCUCCGUGGCCGUCAUCGAGGCGGGCCCCAGCGACGAGCACGAAGAACGUGCGCUGAACCUGCGCCGCUGGCUCGAGAUGCUCGGCGGCGAAUACGACUUUGGGUACACGACGACCGAGCAGCCGCAUGGCAACUCGCACAUCCUGCAUUCGCGCGCCCGCAUCCUGGGCGGCUGCUCGUCGCACAACACGCUCAUCUCGUUCUUCCCCUUCAACGAGGACCUGGACAUUUGGGCGCAGCACCACGGGUGCCCCCACUGGGACGCGAAGACGCUGCAGCCGUACGGCCUGCGCCUGAAAAUGAACAUCACGCCCAUCGCGCCCCAGCAGCGCAACCACGUGGUGCGCGACUGGGUGCAGGCGAGCUCCGACACGACGGGCGCGCCGAUCCUCGAGGACAUGAAUGCGCAGAUUGCGUACCGCGGGGGCUUCCGUAAGGCGGUGGGCUUCUUCAAUAUUGCGUACGACCCGUACAACGGCUACCGCAGCAGUGCGAGCACGGCGUACAUGCACCCGAUCAUGCCGGGCGGCGCGUCGCCGCGCCGCAACCUGCAUCUGUUCCUCGACACGUGGGUGCGUGCGCUCGCGUUCGAUGCGCAGGACCCGCUGCAUGUGCGGGGUGUGCACGUCAUCGGCAAGGACGGGCGCGCCUCGACGAUCCGGGCGCGUCGCGAGGUGAUCCUCGCCGCUGGCGCGUUCGACACGCCGCGCCUGAUGCUCCUCUCAGGUAUUGGCGCGCGCGAGGACCUUGAAAAGGUCGGCAUUGCGUGCCGCCACGACCUACCGGGCGUUGGCCGGAAUCUGAACGACCACCCCGAGUCCAUCAUCAUCUGGGAGACGCGCGACACGCCGCAGGAGACGGUCAUGACGUCCGAUGCAGGCCUGUUUGUGCGCGCGCUCCCACCGGACGCGGAGCCCGUGCCGCACCCCGGUCCGGACCUCAUGUUCCAUAUCUACCAGAUCCCCUUCACGGAAAAUACGGCGCGCGCGGGCUACCCGGUGCCGAAGCACGCUAUCUGCAUGACGCCGAACGCCAUGCGCUCGCGCGGCCGCGGCAAGGUGUGGCUGGCCAGUGCGGACCCCGCCGAGAAGCCGCUGAUCGACUUCCAGUACUUUGCCGACAAGGACCGCUACGACGAGCGUCUCAUGGUCGAGGGCAUGAAGAUUGCGCGCAAGAUUGCGGAGCAUCCCCAGUUCCGCCAGCACCUCGUGCGUGAGGUCGCGCCGGGCCCCGCGUGCCAGUCGGACGAGGACCUGAGCGCCUACGCGCGCAAGGUGCACCACACGGUGUACCACCCCGCGGGCACCUGCCGCAUGGGCACGCCGGCGGCGGCCGGUCAGGCUGCGAGCGAGGAGCAGCGUACGGUCGUAGUCGACCAGUCGAACCUCGCGGUGGUGGGUAUGAAGGGCCUGCGCGUGUGUGAUGCGAGUGUCAUGCCCACGAUCCCGUCGGUGAACCCGAUGCUGACGAUCCUGAUGAUUGCGGAGCGCGGUGCCGAGCUGAUCCGCCGGGACGGGUGGGUCAACGGCAAGCGCCGCACGCAAUGGCCCUAA